AUGCCGGUGCGAAGGGGACACGUCGCGCCACAGAACACUUUCCUGGGAACCAUCAUUCGGAAAUUCGAGGGGCAAAACAAGAAGUUCGUUAUAGCCAAUGCCCGGGUCCAAAACUGCGCCAUCAUCUACUGCAACGAUGCGUUUUGUGAGAUGACAGGUUUCUCGCGGCCGGAUGUGAUGCAAAAGGCCUGCACUUGUGACUUCCUCCAUGGGGAGCUCACCAAACGACAUGCGAUCGCUCAGGUGGCGCAGGCCCUGCUAGGCUCCGAAGAGCGCAAGGUUGAGAUCACCUACUACCGCAAGGAUGGCUCGGACUUCCUGUGCAACACACACAUCAUCCCGGUGAAGAACGAGGAGGGCGUGGUGAUGAUGUUCAUCGUGAGCUUCGACUACGUGCUGGGGAGGGACAGCCUGGAGUCCCUGCAGAGGCUCAACAAUGCCUCGCCCGCCAAGUCUGACCACCGUGAUCGGUUCUUCCGGUUCCGUCUGCCCGGUCUGGGCCUGCUGGGUGUCAGCAAGCAGUCGCUCCCGCAGGAGGACCCGGACGGGGUGACGGUGGACUCCCCCCGACGGCGCGCCUCCUCCUCUUCCUCCUCCUCCUCCUCCUCGUCCGCCUCCUCCCUCACGGGCCGGGAGCUCCAGCGCACCACGGGCGACAGCUGCAGCCCGUCCUACGGCAACGACACGCGGGCCCUCAUCCGGCCCGGCACCGGCACCAGCACGGCCGCCGCCUCCGCCGCCGGGGGCUCCCUCCGCGGCUCGGCCUCCGCCCUCUCGGGGCCCCUGGACCACUCGUCCCCGCGGGGCCCCUGGGAGCGGCUGGCUCCCCAGCAGGAGGGCCCUGGCCCUGGGCCCGGGGUGGGUGUGGGGGUGGGGGUGGGUGCGGGGCUGAGGCUGGCCCCCGCCGACAGCUCCUGCAGUCUCAGGAGGGCGUCGUCCGUCCACGACAUUGAGGGCUUCAGCUCCAACAACAAGCACCAGGCUUUCAGGGACCGCCACGCCAGCGAAGACAAUGGGCGCAGCAUCAAAGGUCCCUUCAACCAGAUCAAGUCCAGCCUGCUGGGCUCCACGUCGGACUCCCACCUGAACAGGUACAGCACCAUCAACAAGAUCCCCCUCAUCACGCUCAACUUCGCCGAGACCAACAACGACAAGAAGGUGCCCUCGCCGCCCUCCUCCGAGAAGACCAUCAUCGCUCCCAAGGUCAAGGACAGGACACACUGUGUCACCGAGAAGGUCACGCAGGUGUUGUCUCUGGGUGCGGACGUGCUCCCCGAGUACAAGCUCCAGACGUCGCGCAUCGACAAGUUCACCAUCCUGCACUACAGCCCCUUCAAGGCGGUCUGGGAUUGGCUGAUCCUGCUGCUCGUCAUCUACACGGCCAUCUUCACGCCCUACUCGGCCGCCUUCCUGCUCAACGACAUCGAGGAGCAGCGGCGGCGCGAGUGCGGCUACUCGUGCAGCCCGCUCAACGUGGUGGACCUCAUCGUGGACAUCAUGUUCAUCGUGGACAUCCUCAUCAACUUCCGCACCACCUACGUCAACGCCAACGAGGAGGUGGUCAGCCACCCGGCCAAGAUCGCCGUCCACUACUUCAAGGGCUGGUUCCUCAUCGACAUGGUGGCCGCCAUCCCCUUCGACCUGCUCAUAUCGGCUCGGGGGUCGGAGGAGACCACCACCCUGAUUGGCCUGCUGAAGACGGCGCGUCUGCUGCGUCUGGUGCGCGUGGCCCGCAAGCUCGACCGUUACUCGGAGUACGGCGCGGCCGUUCUUAUGCUCCUCAUGUGCAUCUUUGCCCUCAUUGCCCACUGGCUGGCCUGCAUCUGGUACGCCAUCGGCAAUGUGGAGCAGCCGUACUUGGAGCACAAGAUCGGCUGGCUGGACAACCUGGGCCUGUCCAUCGGCAAGAUCUACAACUACAGCGACCCGGCGUCGGGGCCCUCCAUCAAGGACAAGUACGUGACGGCGCUCUACUUCACCUUCAGCAGCCUGACCAGCGUGGGCUUCGGCAACGUCUCGCCCAACACCAACUCCGAGAAGAUCUUCUCCAUCUGCGUCAUGCUCAUCGGAUCGCUCAUGUACGCCAGCAUCUUCGGGAACGUGUCGGCCAUCAUCCAGCGGCUGUACUCUGGCACGGCGCGCUACCACCUGCAGAUGCUGCGCGUCAAGGAGUUCAUCCGCUUCCACCAGAUCCCCAACCCCCUGCGCCAGCGCCUGGAGGAGUACUUCCAGCACGCCUGGACCUACACCAACGGCAUCGACAUGAACAUGGUCCUGAAGGGCUUCCCCGAGUGUCUGCAGGCGGACAUCUGUCUGCACCUGAACCAGACGCUGCUGCAGGACUGCAAGGCGUUCCGCGGGGCGACCAAGGGCUGCCUGCGGGCGCUGGCCAUGCGCUUCAAGACCACGCACGCGCCGCCCGGCGACACGCUGGUGCACUGCGGCGACGUGCUCACCGCCCUCUACUUCCUGUCGCGCGGCUCCAUCGAGAUCCUCAAGGACGACGUGGUGGUGGCCAUCUUGGGGAAGAACGACAUCUUUGGAGAGAUGAUCCACCUGUAUGCCAAGCCCGGCAAGGCCAACGCGGACGUUCGGGCACUCAGCUACUGUGACCUGCACACCAUCCAGCGUGAGGAGAUCCUGGAGGUGCUGGACAUGUACCCCGAGUUCGCCGACCACUUCCUGUCUAACCUGGAGUUGACCUUUAACCUGAGGGAUGAAAACACCAAAAGCACAUUCCCUCAGACCAGCGACUCAGAUGGGGAUGAGGUCAAGUACCGGAGGAAGCUCUCCUACAGGAGGAAGACCUCCACAGGCGCACAGAGCCUGCGAGAAACCGGGACCGAGCCGGAGCGAGGGAUAGAGAAGCGACAAGAGGAGGAGAGGAAGGACAGGAGAGACUCAGCCCCCGGCCCUGAGCUACUGGCCAAAGAAGGGCUGGACAGGAACCAGUCCUACAGAGAUGUGUGCCCUGAAGAAUGGCCUUCUGGGAAGGGCCAGGAGUUCCUGGAGGACUCAACACAAGCCCACGACACCAGACCAGGGGAGGACAGCGAGAGUGACAUCACCUACGGGGAAGUGGAGCAUCGUCUGGACCUGCUGCAGGAACACCUGAACAGGCUGGAGUCCCAGAUGACUGCAGACAUCCAGGCCAUCCUUCAGCUGCUCCAGAGGCAGACUGCUCUGGGCCCCCCCGCCUACAGCACCGUCACCUCCAGCCCCGACUACCAGCGGCCCGCCAUCAGAGUCCAGCCGCUCACCGCAGUGCAGCCGGAACAGAGCACUGACACUGCACAGAGUGUGGACGUAGAGAACUGUAGCCACGCACCCAAAGAUCCCCUGCUCUGCUCCGUUUCCACGGAGAUGCUCUCGGACAUGGCGGCCCUGGCCGAAGGCGCAGCAGAGCCCGCAGGACUCAAUCAGGCGACGGGGCAGGAAGCCGAGCUCCCCCAUUCGCCACUGCCCAGAGCCCAGCUGUCAAUCAGGCAGGCCUCGCUGCCCGAUUCGUCAACAGCUAGCUGUGGUCCCUCCCCACUGGGCCUCCAGCGACCCUCCUCGGAUCCGGGUCUUCCAGGGAAGUAA